AUGUUGCUCAAAUCAGCCGUCCUCGUCUGCCUCCUCGCGGAGCUCGGUCUCGCGAGCCACCACCAACACGCCAACAAGCGUCAGGUGGCACCCUCCCCGAUCCUGUCGAGCAUCAGCAUUCCCCCUCCGCCUCCGUCGAAGGGAACCGGUGUUUCCGGCCUCAGCAGGGGCGGCCCGACGGGCAUCUUCCUCAACACCUCGAUCCCCGUCGCCACUCCGCAGGUCUCGACCCUGACUGAGGUCGCCACCGUCACCUCCACCCUCGAGAACGACUCGACCGUCACCGAGGUCAUCACCACCGAGCGUACCGUCACCGUCUCCGCCCCCGCCGUCAUCCAGCAGCCCCAGGUCAUCAUUAUCUCCCAGGUCACCUUCUUCCAGUUCAUCUCCGCCCUCGGCGGCGCCCCACCGGCCGUCCAGCUGGGCGAGCAGGGCGGCUUCGUUGUGGGCGGCCGGCAGUUUGGCCAGUUCCAGUCCGCCUGCAGUGCUGCUUGCGGCAUACAGUUCACCCAGUGCCAGAGCAUCGCCGGUCGGAACUUUGCCAUCUCUCAGUGCCAGACCCAGUUCGUCAACUGCCAAAACGCCGCAAAGACCGCCACAGUCACUGUCUCCGUACCCGUGACCGUCACCCAGACCGUCAUCCUGCCCAGCGGUCCCGUCUCCGGCGGCAGCAGUAUCCCCUCGGCCGUGGUCGAGAAUGGCGGCUCCGUCAUCGCCACCACCACUCUGCCCCCUGAUGCCGGUGCCACCAUCGGAUCCGGAGGUGUGAGCUUCGUCACCGUGCCCGCCACUCCCGCCGCUCCUCCUUCUCAGACGCCUGCUGCCCCUGAGACUCAGGUCUUGACCACCACCCUCCCGGCUAACCCCGACCGGCCCUCCGCCUCCCCGGUCGUCUCCGUGAUCACCAUCACCCGCCAGCCCGGAUCUGAGCCCUCUGCUACUGGCAGUGCGUCCGAGCAAGCCGGCUCCGUCGAGACCUCUGCCGUCGUUUCUACCCUCCCUCCCAAGAGCGAGGGCGGCGCACCCAUUGUCUCCACGAUCUUCAUCACCAAGACCGGCAGCGUCCCCGUGGCGUCUGGGGCCGUCAGCUCCGUCGAUGCCGUCGCCGCCAGCUCCGCCGUCGUCACCACCCUGCCCGCCCAGAGCCCCGGCGGCCAGCCGAUUGUCUCCACGAUCUUCGUCACCGCCCAACCUCCCGCUCCGUCCAACGAGCCCAGUGUCUCGGAGCAGGGCAGCCAAGUCGUCACCUCCACCAUCAAGACUACCCUCCCUCCCAAGAGUGCCGGCGGUCAGCCGAUCGUCUCUACGAUUUACGUCACCGCCCAGCCUCCCGCUCCGUCGAAAGAGCCCGGUGCCUCGGAGCAGGGCGGCCAAGUCGUCACUUCUGCCAUCGAGACUACCAUCCCUCCCAAGAGCGCCGGCGGCUCAGCCAUCAUCAGCACAGUCUACGUCACGGCAACAGUCCCUGGUGGCGUUCCUGCAGCCUCCGCCUCUGCCUCUCGCCCCGCUGAGCCCCCCAGACCCAACGAGCCCAAGACCUCGGUCAUCACAAUGACUCUGGCCCCUCCCUCCGGCUCCCCCGUCAUCUCCCUCGUGACCGUCACAAUCCAGCCUACCGUAGCUCCUUCCGGCACUGCCCCAGCCAAGACCGAGGCCGUCACCUCCGCCCUGGUGUCCACUAUCCCCGCCGAGGGCACCGUCCCCCCUCGCGUCACCACCGUCUACGUGACGGCGCAGCCUCCCGCCCCUACCUCCGCCCCAGCCCCUCCCCGCGUCAUCACUGUCACAGUCGGCUCCCUCACCGGCGUGGUAACCAUCAGCGACACAGCCCAGAGCUCCGCCUCCGGCACAACUAUCGCCUCGGCCCUCCCCAGCGCCGUCAACGGAGGCAGCGGCGGUAUCGGCGGUAGCGUCGGCGACGAGAGCGGCUGCAGCUGUCCCUCGGCCGUCACCGUGACCGUCAGCGCGUGCCCCACCGCCCCCAUCACCUCCGUCCUGACCCACACCGUCUCGGUCGUCCCCAAGGCCACUCCGGCCGUAGUCAAGCGCGCUGAGGGCGAGAACAAGCGCGACGCCGUCUACCACCCCCGCCGCCACGGCCAUGCCUUUGGCUUUUAG